AUGGCACGGCAAUACGACCACCACCUCCCCUUCUUCCUGCUCUCUCAAAAAGCAGCUUCGUGCUUUCCUGCGCUGUCGACCCUCAGUGCACCUGUCCUCGCGGCAUUCCCCCUCCCCCUUCCCCCCCUUCCCCACCUCCUUUCCUAUUUACCCCACACCCGCCGCUCCCCCUGUGCGCCGCAGCACGAGCAGCAAUCGUGCGGGAGGGAGCAGUGCGGGGGAGAGUCGGUCGCGCAGCGGGGAGGGGGGAGGCGGCGGAUAGCGGAGGAGGUGGAGGAGGAGGUGGUGACAGGAUGGUACCGGGGGGAAGGUGCCGCUGCUGCUGGUGCUGGUGCUGGUGCUGGUGCUGGUGCUGCCGGUAUCGCUGCUGCUGGUGGUGUGGCGGCUGCUGGUGCUGUUGGUGCUGGUGCUGCUGCCGGUGCGGGUGGUGUGAGCCGGUACCUCAAGGAGUCGCAGCAUGUCGUCAGUGCCAUGGGCAUGGCCACGACACAGGCAGUGACACCAGCGCCCAAGCUGCGCAAGUGCCAGAAGCUGCUGCGAGAGGGCUCCUUCAGCCUCAACCGGUCCUCCUAUUUCAUAGGCCUCAUUUUCGGCCCGCGCAAGCAGCUGUUCUACCUGCGUCUGGACAACCUCACGCCCGUCACCUGGUUCACCUGCGACUGUGUCACCCCCACCUCCUGCCGCACUGCCGGCACCAUCCUGCCCGAGCGGCCGCCGUACAACACAACGGAGAACGGGGCGGCAGCAGUGCUGUGCGAUGCAGACACAUGCAAGAACAACACCGACCGCCCCGCACCCGGCCUCAAGAUCGGCUGCCAGGUAGCAGAUCAGAUCCCAUCGGCCCUGUGCAAGGGCAAGUGCGAGUACCUGCACCUGCACACCAUCGUGAGGUCGCCUCUAGGGUCCAUAGGCAGCCUGCCGAACAAGGACGGCACCAAGGUGGGCAAGAGCUACGGCAUCUUCUACCCGGAGAACGUGUGGCUCACCCACAUGGACGGCUGGACCGUCAGCCCCGAGCUCGUUGUCGGGCGGGCCAAAACCCUUCUCCCCUCUACUCCCCCCGUCUUCUCCCCGUUUACCCCCAUUCUCCCCCUUUUCCCCCUAUCUCCCUCGUCUCCCUCCUUCUUUCCCCCUUCCCCUCCUCCCCAACGCACGCGCAGCUGCGGCAUGGUGCGGAAAGGCGCACUGGGCGGAUACACAGAGGUCCCCGACGGGCUCUGCGGCAUGGUGCAGAAGGGCGCACUGGGCGGCUACACAGAGGUCCCCGACGGGGUGUUCGGGCUCGGGUGGGGCAAACUCAGCAUCCUCUCGCAAAUGGCGGACCUGGGCCUGUGGGAGAACAGCUUCGGGCUGUGCUUCGAGGGCGACAUGGGGCUCCCAGCCCUCAUCCAAAUCCCUUCUCCCCUCUUCUCUCCCCCUCUUCUCCCCACUUCUCCGCGUCUCUCCCUUCCUUCCCCAUCCCCACCCUUCCUUCCACCACACGCACAGCUGCGGCAUGGUACAAAAGGGCGCACUGGGCGGCUAUACAGAGCUUCGGGCUGUGCUUCGAGGGCGACAUGGGGCUCAAAGCCCCCAUCCGAAUCCCUUCUCCCCUCUUCUCUCCCCCUCUUCUCCCCCCUUCUCCGCGUCUCUCCCUUCCUUCCCAAUCCCCACCCUUCCUUCCACCACACGCACAGCUGCGGCAUGGUACAAAAGGGCGCUCUGGGCGGCUACACAGAGGUCCCCGACGGGGUGUUUGGCCUCGGGUGGGGCAAGCUGAGCAUCCUCUCGCAAAUGGCGGACCUGGGCCUGUGGGAGAACAGCUUCGGGCUGUGCUUCGAGGGCGACAUGGGGCUCAAGGGCGGCUCGUACCUCAACCUAGGAGACGCGCUGAUCGACGGGUACAGCGAUACCAUCCCCAUGCGCCGCAUAUUUCCAAGUCCCAUGUUCUUUGUGGACCUGGGGGAGGUGCGCGUGGGGAGUAAGGUGGUGAACGUGCCGCCGGGCACGUUUGGGAAGCCGACGGGGAAGGCGGAGGGGGGGGUGGUGGUGGACCCGUUUACUACUGUGACUCGCUUGCCGCCCGUUGCGCUGCUCGCCAUUAAUGAAACGCUGGUGGGGCUGAUGCCCAAUCUGACAUACGACAAGGGCAACUCCAAGACCUUCGGACUCAUCUGCUGGAAGGGCGCGCCCUACAAGCAGAAGAAGCCGGAGCUAUUCUACCCACAGUUCCCCAACAUGCAGCUCGUCUUCCCCAACAACGUCAUCUUCUACGUGCUGCCCCAGUCCUACCUCAUCGCGAACAUCACGACGGGCAAGUUGUGUCUGGCGGCAGCAGAGACCACUGACAGCCGCACCACCAUUGGCGAGUCAUUCCUGCGCAACAAGAUGGUAAUAUACAACUACAAGGACAACACCAUAUCAUGGGCAGACAUGAACUGCACCACUGGUGUACGCUUCUUCAACUUCACAGCCCAGCCCCCAGGGCUCAUGCCCCCCCCUCCUCUCAUGCCCCCACCAAUGCCUCCCCCGAAACCCCCUAUCGCCUUCCCCCCUCCCCCUCUGCCAAAACCCCCCCCUCCUGCUCCAAAACUCCCCCCUCCAGCACCAAAACUUCCCCCACCAGCACCCCCCACACUCCCCCCUCCCAAACCAGCUCUCCCUCCCCCAAGUAAACCCCCAGUUGCUCCGCCUCCCCCUCCUCCCCUUCCCCCCAAAGUCACCCCUCCCCCCUGGACCAAGCCCCCCCCUGUGGUGACCACCCCUCCUCCUGUCGCCACUAAGCCCCCCCCUGUGACUGCUGCGCCCUCCCCUCCCCCUCCCUGGACUUGGCCCCCUGUUACCCCCCCGCCCUGGACCAAUCCCCCCCCUUGGACCUGGCCCCCCAAAGCUCCCCCCCCACCUUGGACUUGGCCCCCCCAAGCCUCCCCACCCCCCUGGACGUGGCCCCCCCAAGCUCCCCCUCCCCCUUGGACUUGGCCCCCUGAUGCCCCCCCUCCCCCCUGGACGUGGCCCCCCCAAGCUCCUCCCCCCCCCUGGACGUGGCCCCCUGACGCUCCCCCACCCCCUUGGACUUGGCCUCCUGAUGCCCCCCCACCCCCCUGGACCUGGCCCCCCGAAGCUCCCCCUCCCCCCUGGACUUGGCCCCCUGAUGCUCCCCCUCCCCCCUGGACAUAUCCCCCCGAAUUCCCCCCACCUCCCGAACUUCUCCCCCCUCCCCCUCCCCCUGAGACUUUCCCAGCUUUCCCCCCAUCGGACGUGUCCCCCCCACCGCCAUACCCUCCUCUUCCCCCGUUACAAUCACUCACUCAAUGGUGGGUCAACCCGCACAAGAAACGGAAGACGCCGCCCCCGUUCGAGGCCCCUGCUUCGUGGACUAUAUGGCCUAUGAAUGAUGCGGCAACAGCACCCCCUACUCCUCAUACGGCGCAAGUAAAGGGUAAAAGGAACCAGGUAAAAGGCCCGCAUGGUGCUGCAGGGUCUAAAGCUACUGUUGCUGUGGAAGGGAAAGAUAAAGGGGGGAAGGAUGGUUUGCUGGUUCGGGCGGAAAAGAAGAAGGGGAAGGUGCAUGAGAAGAGGGACCCAGGUGUAGCAGGGUCUAGAGCCGUUGUUGCUGUGGGAGGGGGUCAUAAAGAAAGGAAGGAUGGGCUGGUGGCUCAGGCAAAGAGGGAGAAGGAGAGGGCGCAUGCUGCAGGGUCUAGAGCCGUUGUUGCUGUGGAAGGGGGAGAUAAAGAACAGAAGGAUGGGUUGUUGGUUCAGGCGGAGAGAGAGAAGGGGAGGGUGCAUGAGAAGAGGGACCCAGGUACAGCAGGAUCUAGAGCCACUGUUGCUCUGGAAGGGGGAGAUGAAGAGCAGGAUGGUUUGCUGGGUCGGGCAGAGAGGGAAAAGCAGAGGGUGCAUGAGAAGAGGAGGAAUUACGGAGCAAUGGAGGUUGAGGGUGUAGGGCAGCACCAAAUGCAUCAACGUGCAGCACCAUAG